AUGGACUCUGAGCCCCAGCAUCACUCCAGCGGGGGGGAGGCGUGGGCGGCUCAAGUCCGCGAGGUCUGGGCCCGAGGCUCAGGGUCCCGGACUGAGCCCGUAAGUGGUCGAGGCGCGCGCUCUGCCCGCAGGCCCUGGCACCCAGGCCCGGCUGCCCAAUCUAAACAAGGCAGGGGUGGAAGCCGCCUCCCGGGAGGGGCUCUGGAGCCUCGGUUUGGGCCGGAGGUCACCAACGAGAGAAGAGGCCAGAGUGGCCGCGGGCCGCUCCUUCCCGCCACCCUCCGCUCUCUAUCCCGGAAGCUGACGCAGCGGCGGCGGCGGAGCUGGGACUGUUUGGCUGCGGGGCAUCAUUUCAGGCGGUUGCGCUGGGCCUCCGGGAGCGUCGUCAUGCCUUUGGCUAGAGAUUUAGUGCAUCCAUCCCUAGAGGAUGAAAAGAAGAAACAUAAAAAGAAACGCCUGGUUCAGAGUCCAAAUUCUUACUUUAUGGAUGUCAAGUGUCCAGGCUGCUACAAGAUUACCACAGUCUUCAGUCAUGCCCAGACAGUGGUUCUUUGUGUAGGUUGUUCAACUGUGUUGUGCCAGCCUACGGGAGGAAAGGCCAGACUCACAGAAGGUUGCUCAUUUAGAAGAAAGCAACACUAAUGACAUUCAACUUCACGAAUUCGACAUAAUGUAUAUCUCAGAAAGCCUUAUCUGUUCAGCAAUCCAAGUGUCAGUAUAAUUAAGUCUGACUUUGUAAGGUAUAUAACAGUGGUGUCUGGUUUUGGAGUCUGUUUUACAUUAAAAUUUUAAUUAUAUGCAA